AAGAUAGUGGAGUUGACGCAUUUUCCUGGUGCUAAAUAUCUUAUCUUCUUCAGCCUGCCUUUAUUUCAUUGACCUCAUCUCAUUCUCUUCUUUCUUCACAGUCAACACAACAACAACAAAAAUAAGUAAGAUUACAGGCAUGUCCAUAUUAUCACCAAAUCCUCCGCACAUUCUCUAUAGAGAAAUCCACCACCAGCACCAGCACCAGCUCUGGAGCUCCGUAUCCGGCUCUCUCUUGCCCAAAUCAAACGGGUCCGGAUUUGAUCGGAGCAAGAAUGAGUGGAAAGGGAGAGGAAAGAGAGAUUUAAGAGCGUAUGCAUUCUGGCCCGAGUUAUUCAAGCCUGCUGCUUUGGAGAUGGAGGCUAUUCAAGAUUCCCAGCAGUUUGAUGAGAUUUUGGAGCAAGCUAAGCAGCUCUCACAACCCAUUCUUGUUGAUUGGAUGGCUGCCUGGUGCAGAAAAUGCAUUUAUCUGAAGCCAAAGUUGGAGAAACUGGCUGCUGAGUAUGAUACCAAGCUAAAAUUUUACUAUGUGGAUGUCAACAACGUUUCUCAGGCUUUGGUAAAGCGUGGAAAUAUCUCAAAAAUGCCAACAAUUCAGAUAUGGAAAGAUGGAGAAAUGAAAGCAGAGGUGAUUGGAGGGCACAAGGCAUGGCUUGUUAUUGAAGAAGUGAGAGAAAUGAUCCAACAGUUUGUGUAGAUUACUGAAUUAAGAACUGAAGAAGAGAGGAUCUUCUCCUCCUUCAUGUUUUCCUUCCCCUGUAAUUAACUACUUGGCAUUAUGAGAUGUGCAUGUAUAAAUGUAGCAACAACAACAUAAAUACGAAUUGAAUAUAUGAGAUCCGAAAGUGGUUACGGAGGGCUUCCCGGCGAUGAUGUUUUGUCAUUGCAACCAACCAACCAACCAACCAAGAAUCAUAUAACAGUUUUUAACCGUAUAUAUAACUUAGAGAAGUGGUAGCUCAACCUAAAUAUAGCAUUGAUCCACCGGUAAAAUACAAAAAGAUAUGCUCGAGUUCAUCUCAUAUUUCAGGUACAGAGCAGCUAUACAAAAAACUGAAUUUUGACCGCCAAAAGGAAGAGGAAAGAGGAACACUCUGGGGAAUACAGUACAAGGGGACCAAAAGGUACCUACAACCCAUUGCCAAUACCUCUACAACCACAUCUCAGAUUAGAAACGCAAGCUCCCAUUCAUAUAUCCGUAUUGUUCCAAUUGAAAUUUCAAGAUUUGUCUUGUUCGAUACAGUUUUUCUUCUGCUUCUGUUCUUACUGGAACUGUUUUAUGUUGUCUCCUCGAGAUCUCAGUAGUUGUCCAAACAAUACCAACUUC